AUGGAACCGUCCUCUGUCCUGAAAAAUGUGAACUGCGUAAAAGGGAGCACGGGGAAUCGAGCAAACUUUGUGGAAAUAAGCCCGAGAUGCGGGCUUCAGGUUCCAGACAUUCCUUGGAAAUUCUGCUCCCCUGCAGGUCAGGCUCUGAAAGCUAAAGCCGUGCACGCCCUCGGUUACAAGGGGUCACAUCCUUCUCUCGGGCGCGGGCCGGGCUGGCGGGAGCUGGGGGCGGGAGCUGCCGCGAGCCAAGCGGGAGGCGAGCCGGCGGGCGCGGGACCUGCUCGGCGGGAGGAACUGAGGCUGGGGUUGGCGGCGGUUGGAGUUGGGGAUGGGAAAACUCUGGUUUUCAUUUCUGGAAAAGUGCGCACCGCCCGGAGGAGGAUCCGGACCGAAGAAGAGAUGCUGUGGGAGAAUAUCAUGCGGGUGCUCGCCAGCGGCAUGAAGCAGCAGCGAAGCCAAGGUUCCCCCAAGGAGUUUGACUCGGUCACCACCACUCCCAACUUCAAGAGCAACUUUGUGAAGACUGCGGAGAUCCCUGUGGCCAGCAGCCCCAUCACCACCAGAUGGCAGCCGAGCCCAGCCAGGGACCUGGAAAGCGCUUCCUCUGUGGAAGAGGGCCGUUCCCCCUCCCCCCCCCCCAUCCCUGAAUCUCUGGGGUCUGGGCUGAAGACAACACCAGCAGCAGACAUCCUAACUCUGCCUGAGCUGUUUCAGGCAUUCAGAUCCCACAACAAAAAUUCACCAAAAACUCCAGCUAAAGGAAGUUCUGAAGUGAAUAACUCUACUCUCCACUUAUACAAGACACCUCUUGCAGGGGACAGAGGCUGGAAGGAAAAUGUUGCCACCAAAGUCCAGAAAUGCCUAACCCAGCUAUUUUCAACCCAGAAGGGAGUCCAGCAAAUAGAUGGGAAAAUGCAUGUCUGUGAAGCAUCCCAGCAUGUCAGGACAGGCUGUAGAGAUGGAGCCAGAGAUGAGUUCUGUCUUAGGAGAUUCAGUGGUGUCCACCAAUCCAUAUGCCAACUGGAGGUGAAGGUUCAUCUCACUGGCCUUCGAAACGACUACUGUAAGUCACUGCUUAGGCUGCCUGCUCAGCAGUUGAGGCCGUCUUGCGUCUGCUGCGCAGUGGCUUUGCCUCCCUGGGGAAUACUCUCUGGAGGGUACAUUGGCCCUCCCUCGGAGAGGGCUGCAGCUGCAGACCUCCAGGCCAUGGAGUGGAGUCCUUGACAACCUGAGGUCCUUGCCAUGGGAGGUGGCCUGAAGGACAGAUGCCUACAUGUUUUGGAUGUAAAUUCUGGGAAGAGCAUUCAGACUCCAAGCACACACUUGUAGAUUUGUUCCCUCAUCUGGCUACCUAAGACCAAGGAGAUGGCAACUGGCCAAGGUGCCCCCAAGAAUGAUGUGGCACUGUGGACCUGCCCACCCCUGCUGCUCAGGUGUGAGACACAUCUUCUUUCUCCCACGGGUCACAGAGCCAGAGUUCUGCCUUUGGCCCUGAGUCCAGACCAGACGCGCCUAUUUUCUGCUGCUGCACAUGGGACAACUUGUGUGUGGAAGUGCUACUAG